UUGAUAUUUGAUGUCUUCUCGUAGUGUGUGACUCUGAUAAUAUCAUAUAGAAAAGUAAACAGUAUAAUCUUUUUCCUGUGCAGUUGUCAUCUUUCUAUCAGAAAACCUGAGACUCCGAUCCAUCUCCCAUAUUAAUUCUGGUGCAAUAUCGGUCGUGCACUGUUUGUUGUCAUUAAAGACGUUUUUCGAUGCAUGUUAACAAAAUUAAUUAAACACGAUUUGCCAUCACGUUAUGUCUCGCAAAAGUCUUACGUUAGUUUUGAUAACAAAGCCAAAUGAAAUUUUGCUUGGUUAUAAAAAGAGAGGAUUUGGUAGCUACAAGUGGAAUGGUUUUGGAGGAAAGGUGGAAGAAAAUGAAAGCAUUUGUGAAGCAGCAAUUAGAGAGUUGAAAGAAGAAUGUGGACUUGUAGUUUCAGCAAACGAUUUAGAACAAGUUGGGAUAAUUAACUUUGAAUUUGUUGGUGAUCCUGUUAUUCUAGAAGUUCACAUUUUCACAUCAGCAAAAUACGAAGGCCAACAUUUUGAAACAGAAGAGAUGAUGCCAAAAUGGUUUAAACUCCAAGAUAUCCCAUUUGAUGAAAUGUGGGCUGAUGAUCGGCUGUGGUUUCCCUUAUUUCUGUCAGGAAAUAAGUUCCAAGGGUACUUUUUGUUUCAAGGCCAUGAUGUCAUACUGAAACAUACACUUGAAGUUGUUGAAAAUUUUUGAAACUUUGCAACCAAGUAGCAUUUCUGCGAUCAUAAUCACUUUAUUCACGAUAAAGAGGAGAGCGGACCAUUUGCUACAUAAGUGUAAAACUAAAAGAAUGAGAUUCUUACCCUACAAUCGCGUUUUGGCGGCCGCGAGAAACGCCUUUUUCUGUCGUUGUUAUCUAAUACUUCAGUUGUAUAUUUUUCGCACUUAAUUUAAGGUGAUUCCGUAUAUUUAUUACGGUGGUUUUCCUUGUUUAUUACGAAUGCUGUAGGAAGACUAAAUUGUGCUAAUUUCAUGUCAAUAAUUAUUAAUUAUUAUUACAAGAGAACGAUGAGAAAAGAAUGAAAAUGAAUGGCAAUUUGAUAAGGUUAAACCUCGAGUACAAUCUAUUAUAACUAUAUUAAAGGAGGUAUUUAAAGUGUAAGCUCUUGCUUCUUUUUUUCUCCAGUUCCACUUUUU